CAAGAAGAACAAGAACCAUCAACCACCAGUUCAGCAGAGGCUUCUUCAGCUGUCAUGCCACACGGAGAUGCAGGAGCACAGGACACUCUCCACCACAUCCGUAGAAUACGUUCAGCCUGAGCUCAUGCUCCAGCAUCUUAAGAAAACAGAGGCACUGUCAGACUCAUCAUUGCUGGUGAUGCAUCCCACCACUGUGAAGUUGGAGCAUACUGAAGGCAAGGCAAGGUUUAGGCUGAAGCGGCCUCUGUUUGAUGGAUAUGAAGAGCGGCCUUGGUUUUGUAAGAAGAAAUGUUUGGCCAGCCUGAGAACUCUGUGGCACAGACAACAGAGGGAAAGGACAAGCUGUGGUGACCCUUGGAUACGUGAAGCCUGUGCAACUAGAAGGACCAAUCUCCUCUCUGAGCUGACAUCAUCCUGGGCUAACACACAGCACUCUGGGAUGAAAGUUUUGGAGUAUCUCAAAUUCAAUCAAGCCACAAGCCUCGUUAUCAGCCAAACCCAGGAACUUCUGGAGUCAGAGAGUUUCUCUGAAGAUGUAAAGGUCUACAUCUUCACCGUGAACAGCCCAUGUUUGGCAAGAUAUGCCAUCCGGUGCAUGCUGAACCUGGUUCAUAAGGCUCUGGAGUGGUGGAAUGCAUUUGGAGUGAAGACUCAUAUUGGUGAUAUGAAGUGCUGGGGCUUUAAAGGAAUCAGAGAAAAUCUGUUUCAGGGUGUUAACUACAAACAGGUGGAAUGCGUAAAUCAAACUGUGGACUAGGAGAGUUAUUUUAAAGCAGCUGAAAUGAGCACCGAUCUUAAUCUUUUGUGUGAAACUAUGUUUUCUCUUCUUAAGUGCUUGCUGAGGCCUCAACAAGAAAACAGCCACUUUGCAGCCACCAUGCAGAAGCAGGACAGGAAGACUUAUUUUAAAAGCAUGCAUUCUAUAUUUGAAAGCAAACCAGCGCAUGAGAAAAAAAAAAAUCCUGAUGCAGAAGGUGAACGCACUGAUCGACUCUGCAGAAGUUCUGCUUUCGAUGAGCACCGAAAGUCUCCAGGAAUAUUUAGAAAGAGGGCAUGUUUUAGCACUUGGUUACACCUUUAGCUCACAAGCGUGUGAUGCUGGCCUCGAGGAUAUAAUGAGACUUAAGUUUCAGCAGUGUUGGAGGGACUUGGUACAGGACAAGUGUGCAGCAGUCAUCAGAGAAAAGUUGACUGAGGACAUUAACCACUGUGCCCUUCAGCUUUUUGUCAAAAACACCGUGAAGAUCACAGAGCACUUUUUACAAUUUGGGAAAUUAAGAGGAUUCAAAGGCUCCGUGUGCUUUUGAGAGGAAAAUGAAGUUAUUGUAAGACACUGGCAUUAGAAACAGAAUGAAUUCCACCACCUUUGCACAAUGCAUACCGUUUGCAUUAUGUCAAAAUGCUGUGUCUUUAUUAGUGUCUUUGUCUACAAUAUGUCACAGAUCGUACUGGAGUGGAGUUUUUACAUAGAAGCAGUAGCAAUAUCCUACAUUUACAAUGGUUGCCUCCAUGCUUUUAGAAAGCAAAUUGAAGUAAUGCUAACAUACUGUACAGUUAAUCCUUUAUACAGCUUAUCAGUCAGUCAUUAUAUAGUAGAUGGUAAUCCGAUGAUGACGGUGAUGAUUAUGAUGUGGUUGAGCGCUAAACCUUUUAAUUAAAGUCCAGUGGUUGCAUGCCUGUGCAUCUGUCAGCAGGGGGAGCUAUGUGACCUCCACAUCACAAUCAUCACGUGCACUCUUCCUGCGCAGGUAGUUUAUCAUGUGUUGUAAGAGAUGCCAAUACUGACGUGUAUUUUUCAUACUUUGAAUGGAAGAAAGUGAUAAGGAGCUGUUCUUAUUGCACUGAGUAGUAGAUCGUGUAGCGAUCGGAUAACUGGCACUGGGGAGUGAUGGAUCCCAUAAAGUAAGUUUAAGUAAUUCAAAGGUUAGAUGUGCUAAUUACACACUUGCCUUUUAACUGCAGAUUCUUGUCAGCAGAAAUAGAAGAUGUGCCAAUGACAAAACUUAAGAGGGACAUACUGUUGUGCAGGAUGGCCCACUGUCGUGGAUCCCUGGGACACUCUAUAUAACCUGUUUUAUAUUUGCUUUACUUUCUAUUGCAGUUCGAAAAGAGUAUAACAGAUCCCUCAUAGUUUCAGUUUGCUGAAUUUAACCAGCAUACAAGCAGUGAAUAGUUUGCAUCUGCUGCAAUCUUAUUACAUUACAACUGAACUACAAAAAACUACUCGUUUAAUUAAACCUGCAAACCCGAAAAAGCACUGUGCUUUCCCAAAAACAGUGUGCCAGUUUCUUUGGAUGAACCUAAGGGAAGAUUUUAUCCCACACAGUUAAAAAAAAAAAAUCAAAGCUUUAAGCACCAUGAGGAAAACUGUGUGGAAAGUCUAUUGUUGAAUUGCCUUGAUACAACCAGUGGAACGUGAUCAACUCUACUAUAUUUCUGGUUCUUUUAUAUACAUGUAUCUGAGCUGGCCUUUAAAUACACUUUCUGUAAACCUGGUGGUGCAACUUUUUACAUUAAGUUUAAAAAUUGUGAUUUUUUUAAACA